CCGGGGCUGCGACGGGGGCAGGGCUGCGGGCCGAGGCGAGGCCCGGAGUCGGCAGAGGAAAGAGUGGGGUUUGCGUACGGAGCCCUGGUAGCCGAGCCAGGGCAGGGCCUUGCCGGCCCAGUGGUAUUUAAGAGUCCCAGUUAAGGGCAAGGAACCGGUGGAGGUCCUAAGUCAUGGCAGUGUGGAUCCAAGCUCAGCAGCUGCAGGGGGAUGCAUUGCGGCAGAUGCAGGCCCUGUAUGGGCAACACUUCCCUAUUGAGGUCCGCCAUUACCUCUCUCAGUGGAUUGAGAGCCAGCCAUGGGACUCCAUUGACUUGGACAACCCCCAGGAAGGUACCAAAGCCACGCAGUUGUUGGAGGGACUAAUCCAAGAGCUACAAAAGAAGGCUGACCACCAGGUGGGCGAGGAUUGCUUCCUUCUGAAGAUCAAACUGGGUCACUAUGCAACCCAGCUGCAGAACACGUAUGAGCAUUGCCCUCUGGAGUUGGUGCGCUGCAUCCGACACAUUCUCUAUCAUGAGCAGCGCCUGGUGCGAGAAGCCACAGAUAGCCCCUCCCCUGCUAGCAGCCUGGCUGAUGCUCUGUCUCAGAAGCACUUGCAGAUCAACCAGACUUUUGAGGAAUUACGCCUGGUGACCCAGGAUACUGACAGCCAGUUGAAGAAGCUUCAGCAGACACAGGAAUACUUCAUCAUCCAGUACCAAGAAAGCAUUCGUUUACAAGCCCAGAUUUCUCAGCUGUCACAGCUAAACCCCCAAGAGCGCAUGGCCCGUGAGCCCACUUUGCAGCAGAAGAAAGUAACGUUGGAAGCUUGGCUUCACCGUGAAGCACAAACACUGCAACAAUAUCGGGUGGAGCUGGCUGAAAAGCACCAGCAGACACUGGCCUUGCUUCGCAAGCAGCAGACAAUAAUCCUGGAUGAUGAGCUGAUCCAGUGGAAGAGACGGCAGCAGCUAGCAGGAAAUGGUGGACCCCCUGAGGGCCCUUUGGAUGGCUUGCAGGCUUGGUGUGAAAAACUGGCUGAGAUCAUCUGCCAGAACCGUCAGCAAGUGCGCCGUGUCGAACACCUGUGCCAGCAGCUGCCCAUUCCAGGACCCAUUGAAGAGAUACUGGCGGACCUCAAUACCACCGUCACAGAUAUAAUUUCUGCCUUGGUCACUAGCACCUUCAUAAUUGAAAAGCAGCCUCCCCAAGUCUUGAAGACCCAGACUAAGUUUGCAGCCACUGUGCGGCUGCUGGUUGGUGGAAAGUUAAAUGUCCAUAUGAACCCCCCACAGGUGAAGGCCACCAUCAUAAGUGAGCAGCAAGCCAAAGCCCUGCUGAAGAAUGAGAGCACCCGCAAUGAGAGCAGCGGUGAUAUCUUGAACAACUGCUGCGUGAUGGAAUAUCACCAAGCAACUGGAACGCUGAGUGCUCAUUUCCGCAACAUGUCAUUGAAGCGGAUCAAGCGCUCAGACCGGCGUGGCGCUGAGUCAGUGACCGAAGAAAAGUUCACUAUCCUCUUUGAGUCUCAGUUCAGUGUUGGUGGCAACGAGCUGGUCUUCCAGGUGAAGACAUUGUCUCUGCCGGUGGUGGUGAUAGUGCAUGGCAGCCAGGACAACAAUGCCACUGCCACGGUGCUGUGGGACAACGCGUUUGCUGAGCCGGGCCGGGUGCCUUUUGCUGUGCCGGACAAAGUGAUGUGGUCACAGCUGUGCGAGGCCCUCAACAUGAAGUUCAAGUCUGAGGUCCAGAGCAGCCGAGGGCUCACCAAGGAGAAUCUUCUCUUCCUGGCCCAGAAGCUCUUCAAUAGCAACAUCAACCACCUAGAAGAUUACAACAACAUGGCUGUCUCCUGGGCUCAGUUCAACAGGGAGAAUCUUCCAGGGCGAAAUUAUACAUUUUGGCAGUGGUUUGAUGGGGUGAUGGAGGUCCUGAAGAAACACUUGAAGCCCCACUGGAAUGACGGGGCUAUCCUAGGUUUUGUCAACAAGCAGCAGGCCCAUGACUUGCUAAUCAACAAGCCAGAUGGCACCUUUCUGCUGAGGUUCAGUGACUCUGAGAUUGGCGGUAUCACAAUCGCCUGGAAGUUUGAUAAUACUGACAGAAUGUUCUGGAACCUGAUGCCCUUCACCACUCGCGACUUCUCCAUCCGCUCCUUGGCAGAUCGUCUUGGUGACCUCCCAUACCUCCUCUAUGUGUAUCCUGACAGACCCAAGGAGGAGGUCUUCUCCAAAUACUACAUGCCAUUCCCUACAAAGGCUGCGGAUGGAUAUGUGAAGCCACAGAUCAAGCAAGUUGUGCCAGAUUUUUCCGCUCCAUCUGGGGACUCUGCGAGUGGAGGUGCCACCUACAUGGAGCAAGCUUCAUCCCCAGCUGUCUGCGCUCAAUCCCACUACAACAUGUAUGCACAGAACCCGGACUCUGUGCUGGACCCAGAAGGAGACUUUGACCUGGACGAAUCAAUGGAUGUGGCACGACACGUGGAGGAACUGCUGCGGCGCCCCAUGGACAGCCAGUGGAUCUCAGAUGCGCAGUCGUGACCCCGUCCCCUUCCAUGGAGAGACCGUGCAGAGACUGUGAAGCACUGGGACACUGCCAUCAGGGAGCAGAGCUGCUGGGGGCAGGCAUCUCCUCACACCAUAGUGAGGCUAGCCGUCCCUGCUCUGGCUGAGGGGUGCCUGAGAGGCAGUGGGUGUUGUCUCUCCCCUUGUCCAUGUACAAAAGGCAGUGGAGUAUGUUGCUUGGUUUUCCCAUCUGCUCUUCUGUGAGGCUUACCUCAGGCCUUCUGCUUUGGCACACCGCCUCCUUCUGCCAAGCUACCGUUUGAUUUGUGUUGGGAACCAUUCCCUCCCCUCCUCCCAGAAUUCAACACACUGCCAUUCUUUGCCUAGAAACCUUUCAGUCUCUGGGAGGAGAGGGGGCUGAGCUGUGGAGGAGAGCAGGCCUUAUUUGAAGUAUUGUCUUUUGUAAUCCUUGUGUGUGUGUGUGUGUGUGUGUGUUUGUGUGAGAGAGAGAGAGAGAGAGAGAGAGAGAGAGAGAGAGAGAGAGAGAGAGAGAGAGUCUGAAAAGUCUUCUCAGCUGCGCCCAAGAUAAACGGUGUGCGCAUGCAUGCGUGCAUGCGCUCCUGCAUUUGAUCUGUGUCUCCUGUGUGUGCAAGCAUGUGUGCAGCAUUCUCCGCAAGAGGUGUCAACUUGGUGGAAGUCAAGCUGGACAGGCACUUCAUCAGCCUGCUUCUACCAGAUUCCCCAGGUUUGACCAACAGAACCCGCUGGAGUCAUUUUGUGUUCCCAUCCCCCAGUCCCGUCCUGGUUGUUCUUUUCCCUUGUUGCAAGAUAGUUGCUUACCGUAAGGCUUCUGCAUCCAGCACCCUUGGCUUUUGCCGUGUCUGAUGUUUUGCUCCCAGGUACAUUUAACAGAUUGUGGAGGGGGUUUUGUUCUGUUUAAAUAAAUUGCAAACAAAAUGCAGAAUUAAUAUUGAAAAUACUGGUAUCUUUCCCCAUUUAGGUGGAAAACAGGUCUUGGGAUUUCAUUGCUGGGUGAAGAGAAAAGGGGAUGCUGUGAGUGGGGAAGUAUAGACGUGUGGACAAAAUCUACCAAUUCUGUUCCUCUCCUCUCCCCUCCCCUUUCCCAGCCCUCUUGUCUGGCUAAACCACUGGGAAGAACAGCUGUCUGAAGCACUAUUUUUAUACCUACAGGUUAAUAAAACACACACUAUUUUAACAUGAAGUAAUAGAUUUCUCACAUAUAUGUUUCUAGGGCAGAUGGUAUUUUUAGAAGUAAGAAUCCAGUCUCCAAUCCAAACACCACGCUUUUUGUGGACUUAACCAACAAAUGUGUGGCACAUCCUUCUCUGCUCACUUCUAAAAUUCAGACUUGCCUCUCAGAAGACCAUAUGGGAAGGAUGACAGCUCUUGGAUAGUACUCUAGUGCUUUGAGUGCCUCUUCUACCACCAGCAGACAAAGAGCCUAAGCAAAUCCUCUGAUGGUUGAUGGGCAAGGUAGCAGAAGCUGACUGAUGUUUUGGCCUGCUCGUGUUUCACCAUAGUACAAAAAGGCAGGCCAGAACCGUUUCUGUCCUUCCUGCUGACCUGACCUCUCAGGUUCUGUCCAGCUGGUGUUGAUGACGGCCAUAAUUUCCCCCAACAACUAUGGCUCUAGGUAUUUACAUAGGGUUCUACCACAAGAGCAUGCUCUCUGGAACAUCGUUUGGUUAUCCCUAAGAGAAAAGUAGUGUCUGGGAUAGGGUUAGGGUUCCCAUCUUGGGAACUCGCCAUCUGUUCACAUUUGAGAUCAACAAUCAGCAUGAAAACAAUUUUAACACCAGCCAGCCUUUCUAAUGUUACCUCACACUGAAUAUGCUGUGUUUGCCCUAGAGAAACAUAUCUGCCUCUGUAACCUUCAAGAGGUGGUUGAGGAGCACCAGGGCAAAGGCCAUGCAACAUGGGCUCCUUCAGCUCAGAGAACUUGGGGAGGAGAAAGUAGUUCCUCUGUGCUGAGCUUUGUAGCAAAAGUAGGUGCCUUUUGGGAUGUCCCGAGGAACAAAGAGCAAGCACAACCUUCUGUUGCAAAUGUUUCACCUAGAUACAGCCAUCUAAUAACUCCAGUUUCAGAUAAGCUGAGAGAGACCUUUGUCAUAAUGGGUACACCAAAAAUGUGUUUUUUGGUGGGGGUGGAAGCUAGCACAACCAGAAUUUCAGUUCUUACACAAGUUUUGGAACACAGUGGCUUUCAGCUCAGUGCUGCCCCUUAGCACCCUUGUUUCUUUCCCGUUUUCUCCUGAGGCUGGGCCCUCACCUGGCCAGAGCACAAGUAGGUGCUUCCAGUAAUCCAUUUUAAAGGCCUUUUCCUGCCAUAGCAAGGCUGUUGUCAAGCAAGGCAGGCCCUACCCACUUUUGUUGCUUGGAGAUAGUGACAGAGCUGCAGAUAGCUAGUGGUAGUGCAGCACAGAGAAGCUUUGAGGUUGGCAGAGUAAAGAACCCUCCAGAAGCUCUUUUAAGGCAUGUUAUAUCAUAGUAGUGAAAGCACAGAAAGCCUCCAGGUACCUUAAAGACCAUCUUCUGUAUCUGCACCACCUUCCUGUAGUUCACACUCAUUUUAAGUUUCCAGUCCGUAACGUCUAGAAUUCUUCUCCCUUUUUGGCCCAGGCAGUCUUAUUUCUUACAGCUUUUCUCAUUCCUUCCAGAUUUCUCAGUCUUGCAUCCCAUCAGCCCCCUUUGUCUCUUGCUCUUUUGCUUCCUCCACAAUGUACACAUUUUUACAUCUGAAGCAGACUCCCCAUCUCUGUUGCCAAGCUGAGUCCCCCUAUUUCUCUAAUUUGGAAUGGAAGCUGAGAAUUUGGGGGGAUGGUGUGGUGCAGUUUUAGUGAUAGAAGAUCCCUGCUACCUGGAACAAUACUAAAAUCUACUUGCCAGACUGGCUAGCAAGUUGACUGUAUACCUCGUGAGCAACAAUGCUUUUUGCUUGCCAGCUUCAGCACAGAGGAAAAUACCACCAACCAUAUCCAAUCCCAAAACUUUUCAGAGCCUAGCCUCAACUUGCCUAUUUUAUCAUCCUGUUUUGACCUUUAUUUUCUUUGACUACUGUAAAUUGUUUGCCCCACAUAAUUUCUGCAGUUGUGUACACUUCUGGCAUAUUGUUGUCCUUAAACAAAAUGAUUGUUAAUAGCUACAACUGGCUUGCAGCACACUUUUCACAUGUGUCUACUCAGAAGUAAGCCCCAUUAACAGCAAAAUUCGCUCCCAGGUGUGCAAUUGCUGAUUAAGCUUGAUUCUAAAGUGCCAUUGCACACUGUAUUUGUUCUCAGGGCUCUUUUUCCAGAAUGUUCUGGGUUUAAAACCUUAGAAGUUGGGAAGUAGGGAAGUGUUGCAACACUUUUAAAUGGAAGAUUCAGUGAAUAUUAUGGUGUCGCCAUUCCAGGUCAGGCUGUUUGUCUGUCUAGCCUAAUAACGUCUACUUCAGCUUUCUCCAGUGGCCAUGCUGAUCAAGGGGGGGACGGGAUCUCUUUAGAGAGCACCAAGUUUGGGAUGGAUGGUCUCCUCUUGCUGUUUGUAGUUCCCCUUCAGGAUCACUGAUAGAGUUCUUUUCCAUAACCUGCAAACUGCAUGCUGUGGACAGAACCUUCUGUGUGCAAUCCAUGCACUUCACUACUGAGCUGUGCUCUCCCUGGCUUUAUGAUUCUUGCCAGCUGUCCUAGAAAUUACUUGGAUCCUCUACUUUUCAAUACUUGGAGUUGGAAGCGUCCCACCAUAAAAGGGUGAGGCUAGAAAAGGAGGAACGCGUUCUUUCUGACAUCCCCUCCCAAAGAAAAGAUGUGAACUAAGUUUAGACCCUUUUAUUUAAAAUGCAAACCUCCUGACUUUUUAUCAACCCCUCUGUGCUUAGUUUCCUAGGAGAGCCGCAUUGCAAGCCAAACUCUGGUAGGAGACAGAUUUUGGCCACCGUUAAGAGUAUUAGAGUCUUGACAGUAAGAAAGGGAAGGGCCAUAACUCAGCCUUAAGAGCAUUUGCUUUAUGCACCAAAGGCCCCAGGUCAAUUUCUUGGAAAAUAAGUCGGGCUGGAUAUGACUCCUGCCAGAGUCAAUGGAGAGCCACCACUAAUCCGUGCAGGCAAUAUACAGAUCAGUGGAUCAAUGGCAUGGCUCAGUGCAAAGAAGCUUCCACAUUACCAAACUUUUGACACGAACCAAACCACACACGUUUAAGUUUCAGUUAACAUUGCUGUGAAAUGAGUGCAGGUGUUUCAAAUGACUUGCAGCCAGUGGAAAUGGACAAAUUGUAUUACGUGGACAUUGUGUGUCAACCCAUCUUGAGACUAGAACACAAAACUAGCUAGACCAUUCUGGCACAGAGAGAGAAACAGUUUUCAGUUUUGUGAUCCCUAAGGAAGACUUCUUCCCUACAGGAAUGGAGGCAUAAGGCUCAAUGGAAAUUGUGCACCAAUUCCUGCUGGUUGGUGGCUCUCCAUUUUCACUAGUGAGACUGGGUCUGUCCAAGCAGCUGUUACAGAUGUUUCUACUAUUUUAAAGGGAGGGGAAGUACCCAUAAUACUGAGAGAGAAAAAACAAAUAUUGCACUAUUUUAAGCAAUUAUUUUGCCAAAACUAUGAAAAGUUUUGAUGUGUAAAAAUAAAGUAUUCUGCUAAAAUAACACUCUAAAAUAAUCAUGGAGGAAAUGUGAUCAUUGUUUGUAUGUUAGAUACUUGGGAAACGGCAUAAGAACCUCAAGGAGUACAGUUUUCAAUGGCUUUUAAGUUUGUUUUGGAACAAAAGUCUCUUAUGUGGAAAAACUUAUUUUGAUGAAAUAUUCAUGUUUUGAAAGAUGUUUUAGCCCUGUGCUACCAAUAAAGUAUUGUCUGCAAUUUGCAGGGCAGUUCA